ACAGACAGUUGACAACUGUCAAACAGCCGCAAAACGAUUAACGAUCGAAGUGGACGCGUUCUCAGUUUCCAGAUAAUAAAUUUUCAAAUAAUACAGUAAUGAAAUAAAUUAUACCAUUUUUAAGGUAUUUGUCGAUUUAAUAAUAAAAUAUUGUUUUAUACUAAUAGCAAUAAUAUACGCUACCGGCGCGGCACGAUGCGUAUAUAACGACGGAUGCGUGUUGCUUGCGAUGUUCGUGUCAUUGAUAUUGAUUUCUUUUAUUUUAUGAAAGAACAAUUAAAAUAUGAUGUAGGCGUAACAGUGUGACCCGGUAACACUUGGCUUAGGACUGUAGCGGUGGUAUAAUGUCAGGAGUGAGUGCGAUAUUACGAUAAUGUGUACAAAAUGAAAACAAAAAGUUUUCUUGUGUUCUCAACAUCUGUAUUUGCAAUAAGCAUAUUCCUGAUAGUGUUCCACUCUCAGCCGCCGCAGUCGAUCCAGAGCAUCGUCUCGCAGACCCACCAGCACAUAAAGGACUUCCAGGUGUCUCUGGCGCAGGAGAACCUGCGCGAUGUGGAGGAGAGCAUCCUGGUGCAGGAGGAGCGGUACGAGCGGCUGGUGGGAUUGGCGGGCGCGGAGCCGUGGCACAACACCACCGUGCCCGCGCUCGUGACGUAUGCGCGCGGCGAUGCGCACGCGCCCGCCGUCGGCUUUGUGCGUGCCGCCGCACACCUACCCUACACGCUGCUGCUGUACAAUAUAGGGUUAAAACCGUAUUCCUUGGCUGUGGUAUCAAACUACUGCAACUCCUCCAAGUGCGCCAUUAUCGACUUCGACCUGGAGGCGUUCCCGUCGCACGUGGCCGACGAGAGCAUCCACGCGUUCAGGCCGCUCAUCAUACAGCACGCGCUGAGCCGCGUGGGCGGCGUGAUAUUCUGCGAGGUGUCGCAGCGGUGGGCGGGGCCGGCGCGCGCGCUGGGCCGCGUGUGGGCGCGCGCGCUGGCGUCGCCGCUGGGCGUGCGCGCGUGGCCGCGCCGCGCCGCCGUCACCUCGCUCACGCACCCGCGCAUGUUCCACUACCUGCACGCCGCCAUCGACGACUUCCUCUUCGUGCAGAUGAUCGACGCCGAGCACCUCAUCGUCGCCAACUCCAGCGCCGUCGGCGACGUCAUGCGGCUCUGGAUACAGUGCGCACUCACGCAGGACUGUAUCAUGCCCAUUGGUGCGCAGUCAGCCGGAUGCAAGUUCGACAAGAAGCCGCAGUACCGGUACUCGGGGUGCCACGGACAGGACGCGUCGGCGCUGAGCAUCGUGCUGGGGCUGCGCUCUGGGUUCGAGGAGGCGCAGUACGCGGAGCGCGGGCGCGCGCACUGGCGCCGCGAGCCCGCCCCCGCCGCCCCCGCCGCCGCCGCCCCCGCCAACCACACCGAGCGCUCUCGCGCCGACGGCUGACCGCACCUGACGCUCGGUACAUACGCUUAGCCGAAAACGGUUAGUAGCUAAUUAUUAUGAUUAAUGAUGUACUAUUAAUCUUAUUAACAGACAAUCCUUGAUAAAUUCCUCAUUUAUUUUGUAAUUCUGAGUCUGUAGAUAUACAUAGAUAACAUCAACAGCACACUAGUAUGAGCAAAAUAUUUAUUGUAAUUAUUAUUUACACAUGUAUGUAUCCAAUACCGAAUAAAAUAGCAGAUAUCUGCUUUUUAUUAGGUAUAUUUUGGGACAGCCCCUGUGCGUGCGUACUGUGGGCAUGAAUUCUAAAUCGAGAUGUAUAUUUAUAUAAUUCGCAAAUAUUUCUUGAUACCCACAUGCGCUCAUCAGAAGCGGAACUCUCGAGUAUUUCUUGUAUUUACUCAUAAUCAAUAUCAUUCAAAGGCCAUAAAUGUUGAAAAAAAAACAUCAAAACACAUAGAUAUUGCAAUGUAUACAAGUUUUUGUACACAUGUUUAAAUGAAACACCAUGUUUGGUGGUGUUUGGAAUCAAUAAGUCAAUUGAACGAGGCAGCUAUAAUGAUUCAGUGGCGGUUCUGACACACAAGUCAACAAAGUGAACCACUCUUUUUAUAACAACGAAAUAGUUACAUAUUUGCCGCACUUCCAAUCCAGGUCUAUAUACAAACCGGGUCGAUAGUAUAAUAAGGAACGAGAUCACGUUUUGGUAGAUAUUGAAUUAUAUGAGACGAAAGAUUUUGCGUUUGCAAACACCAGUGUAGACUCUACUUAAUCGAGAAACAAAAAUGGGUUCCUACUAUAAUCGUAAUCAACUCCAAGAACCGCCACUAUUUAACUAACUUCGCGAAAGAAGCAAAGUUGGAAUUAUAUAUUUAUAAGAACGUUUUGUGAAAUAAAAUACAAGUCAAAUUAUAUUGAAAUAUGUUAUAAAUCACAGCUUGACUUAAAAUAAUUACUAUUUAAGGUAUGUUACACAAGAGUUUCUCGCAAAGCGGCGCAAAAAUUCUCGUAUCUAAGAAGGAGCAUUUUGAAACUUUUUGACAGGCAUUAAAGCAUUAUAAUAAAGAGGGAAAAGCUCGACCCAAUGCGUUACUUCGUUAUUUCAAGAUUUAAAAGUGUUGCCGCUAUUUAUACGACAGCGCGGCCCUCACCACUAGCAAGCGGUCUGACAGCCCCGUCAUUUAGAAUGUAACCAAUGUUUUUGUGCUUCUACAUGAUGAAACUGGCAGACCUCUUUCAUCAAUUAAUCAAAUUUAAGAGUAAACAAGAGAAAGCCAGAUGCGCUCUGGCAAACGAGAUUUUUUUCUCUGUAUUACGAGAAAUAUUUAACGGUGUAUAUGAGGCUUAACAACUGUAUAUUUUUAGCUUAAAUGGUUAGUAAUUUCAUAUUAUAAUACUGGUCACACUAAGAAGUGUUUGCAUCCGAUGACCCACCCGAAAGACUUAAUUUACUUGGCAACAGUUGAGGCGCGUCAUUUGUGAGCAACAUAUUAACACAAUAAUCAACGUCUUUUACUGAACAAGUACAUAAUAAGCGACAAUACGACCACAUUGGCAAACUUGUAUUGCCUGUUAAAUGUUGCCUAGUGGCAAACUCAAAUGAAGGGUCUGUUAUUACGCAAAUUUAUAUUUGCCGUAUCGCCAGCUUUAUUAGCUGUUUUUUGUGUUCAACAGACGAAUGUAGAUAGUAUUAUUAAUUUAUUUUAAUUUUAUUAACAUUUAAUGUAUAUGUACAAUUCGAAUCGAUCUUCUCACAGGGGUGUUGACUGAAAGCUAUAUAAUUUUAGCAAAAUAAAUAAAUUAUCAAUAUCGACAAUUAUUCAAACAAGGUUUUAGGAUAUCAUAAGUUUUUAAAAUUCAAUAGCGUAAUUUAAUAUUAAAAAAAAACAUUCAUCAGAAAUAUAUGUUAUCCAAAAUGUAAUGGAAAAAGAAUUCUCAAAAUCCAUGCAAUAAUAAAUAAGUUAUAAAGCUUUGAAAUUUGGUGGAAGGGCUAGUUGUCAUAUACAGUAAUAGCAAACUGUGACGUCACCUAGUAGCAUCGGCCUUGACGCUGCGUGCGUGAGAAAGAGGUACAACGAUAACCGCACCACGCCACCGCUUUUACUCACUACAAUAUUUCAAAUAUGAGUAAUUGCUUUAUUUUUCAACCAAUUUUGAUGCUGACUUCACAGAAGAAUUGCUUUUUAUUAUUAUUUUCUAUAUUAUUUUCUGUUACAUAUAAAAUAAUAAACCAAAUCAAACAUAGGAAACUGCCCUAUUGAUGAAGCUAUUAGUCUCAAAAGAAUUGUUUAUAAAGUAUCUGUAAGUGGGUUUUGUCUUCGCGUAACACAGAAAUAGAUCAGAGUGAUGGCAGAUUGAAGGCGAUGUCAUUAAAGUGUGUCUGUCUAUUUGUUAACAAAAAGUUCUUAUAUCUUUGUUGUGUUUGAAGAUACUCGCAUAUAUUUUUCUUUAAAAUACCCAGUUCAAAUGAACAAUUUGUAAUAAUAAUGUAGUCAGCGCCCCUGUUUUAUUAAAAUUACAAUGCUUUGUGUCGAACCCGGCUUGUGUUUGUGUGAUAUUGGAAUAAAAAAGACCUUAAAGACAAUUUUAUUAGCUUCUGUUUAGAAUAGAGGCGGCAUUACAUAUUGUAUUUAUUUAUUUUAUAAUGGAACUUGUUCCUUUAAAAUGCAAUUUAUUUUGGUCACAUCAGCGGAUAGAUUUUUUUUAAUAUUAACACGAAAUUUAUUGUUACAGUAUAAAUUCGUUUGGUGUUAUUGUGAACAGUUAAACAUUGACAAUAUCGAUAUUUAAGAUUUUAUAAUUGUCAUUACUGUUGUAAACAUCUAUGGAAUAAAAUGAUUAUAUAGAUCGCAGUUUGCAAAUCUAUUUGCUGUGUGACAAUGUUUGUUUUAUAUAACACGUUAUAACUCGGCCAACUCUGUCCACGAAUGUUGAACGUCAAUACACGUCCAGACAGUGCUGAAUACUGUGCGACAGUUUUGGUCUACAGUAUUUUUCAUUAAAACUUGUAGGCUGCACAUAUUUUGGUCAAUAUUAUCAUCAAUUACCAUCAGCUUUCAUAGUAAUAAUAGUUUUAAUAGAUGCAAUUUUGAAUUCUUUUUAUCUUAUACUGAAUCACAAUAUAUAAAUAAUUUGGUAGCUUUUAAAAAUUGAAAGAGCAAUGCUGUCGUAGUCUACAAGUUCUUUGAAAAAUAUUUUAUUGGAGUUUAGUGUUAGCUAUUCUGCUGCCCUUUGGAAGUAUCUGCGGCCAAGAUGACAUAAUACAGAUACAUAGGUAUCCACAAAUAUUUCCUCCGGGCAGUGUAUUCCACGCUUGUACCGAAAGGUUGUGAAUCGAAUAUCAUUGAACAAUGACCGUUUUAUAUUUGUUUUCGUAUUUAUACAAUUAGUUACGUUAUGUUUAGUAAAAUGUGAUAUAUUUAAGUAUUAUGUUAGUUUGUGUGCGUGUGCCCGUGCGUGUGUGUGCGUCCCCGCGUGCUCGUGCGGAGCUUUGUUGGUGACUGAGUUGCAUACGACGUAAUGAUACGUUUUUUCUUCGCUUAUACAUUACAAACGCCUACGCUACAGUUUUGACGAUAUUAUUCAAUACAAAAGCAAAUGAAAUAUAUUUACUAACAAAUGUACUCACGCUCUUUGACCUAUAUCUGACAAAUUUCCUUCGUCCAUAUAUAAACUUGAUUAUGAUUUAUCUUUAAAAUAUAGUACAAAAAAUUAUUUAAAUAUUUUCAAACUAAUUGUAAGAUAUCUGAUAAGUCACUCACAAGCAACUCUAAGCACGAAUGACUAUUUUCUAAAAUAUGUGCUAAUUGUCGUGUCACCAAACGCUUUACACUAUACACUGUAUACAUACUUAGCCGCAUUUGUAUAUAGGUUAACACGCAUUUGCUAUACCAUUCGCUUGCAGUGUAUAUAAGCUAUGAUUUGUAUGCUUAAUGCAGGGCAGCUCGAUACUCUCGAUGGAAUAUUGCACGCGAUAAUUUAAAUGUAUAACCAACUGCACUUACCGGUGCUUCGUGUUCCAUAAAUGCAGGCAACAGCCUGGUAGCUCUGCCGAAAAUAGAAACGAAGCAAUAAACUUUCAAAAGGUAAAAAUCAUGGUCAUUAUAAUAAUGUUAUUCUAAUGCAGGUAAAACUAUUUUGAAGACAAAUAAUCGUGCAUAAAAGUUAGGAAAUUUCUCAUUAUUGUGAUGUCGAAGUUUAAAUGUUUAUCGUUUUGUUAAACUCAUAUUUUAUACUUACUUUCUCUAGAAGUCUCGUCAUCUUAGUAGUAAUUUAUAUUAAAAUAAUAAUUGGAUGACUAUUCUAUGCUUUGUAUAUUUUUGGAAACUUUAUUUCCUUGUUUCCAUUUUCGGAAUAGCCACAACCCUGACAACGUAUACUCGUAUAAGCAGGGUUAAAGAGGCCUUUGCUCUAACCUCGCAGACGUUAAAGCAAGGGCAUACGAAAAAUAAAGUAGCCAUAGUAGCGUAAUAUACCCACACAAUUAAAUUUAGAACCAAAUGCUAUAUGACUCAAUUAGGUUUGGCCGGUCUACAAUAGUGCAGUCUCCGAACGGUGCCAUAUCUGUCAUUAUAAACAAAUAUUGGCUUGUAACUGGUUGUUAGCAUCGAAGCUGACUGACGUGUAAUCACGUCCAUACAAAAUUGAUAUCAAAUGGUUGCAUCGCUCGGAUCCUGCACUGAUGUGUCUGCCAAAGCUAGUCGAUAACAAUUAGAAUAUAUUUACUGCCAUAAUUGUGUACUUUGUAGUUGUAUGUCAAGUGGCACGGUCAAUGUUUUCAUGUGGAUCUCAUUGUUACUUAGCGAGUUAUGGAAAUAAGCGUAGAGAUUUUUUUUGGUAUUGUAAAUACGUGUAGUGUAUAGUAAUAAUGUACAAAUAUCUUCGCGUUUCGUUGGGAAUUUUUUGACAGUUUUGCGCGUGACGUGAUAUCACGUCAUAUGUAAGGCAGUCUUGUCUUUCACUUAAUGAAGUUAUGUUUGCAUUCGGAUCGUCAUUUGGCAAAAUAAGUUUCAUGUAGCAUGGGAAUAGAUGUUAUUUUGCGUAUUUAAAUUGUUGUAAUAAUUUUAAAAUCUAGUCAUUGAUUAAUCUAAAGACCUAAUAAGAAUAAAAACGUAGAUUACUUCAAGUCUUAAAAUGUAUUGGAGUUUUGAAUCUGAAGUGAUUAUUUUGAUAGAAAUUAAGUACAUGGUAUAAUUUGGCAGCUUUGCAAUGCCUACAUGCAAACAGUUGCAUUUAAAUAAUUUUGGGUUCAGAAUAUUUUUAAUGUGACUCACUUGAUGCUAGGCGCCUGCCGAUAAGAAUAGCAACGUCAACCAGCACACUAAAUCCCAAUGCAUUGCAUAACGUUAUUAUAUUAUUAUGUGGAGCUGUUCCGGAUACACACAGGCCGGCACAACGGUGUCGACUGGCGAGGGGUAGUCAUCUUGGACCAUACUCCACUUGUUCUUGGGGUCAGUUUAACGUGACCCUAUGAAAAAAAAACAUGAAUUUGAGAAGUCUCAUGGUGCUUUAUGUACUGCUAUAACCAGCAUAGCUUGCACGCUCUUGCUGGACAUAUUGUACUAUCUGUAUCCAAUUAUAAUUCGCCUUUGGGAUCUAUAAUUUAUCCAAAAUUAUAUAAAUGCAACAAAAACGAUGACAAACGUAUGUAAUUUGUCAAAUUGAAUGUAAUUGGUUAAAAGAUUUCGUUGUGACGUUUUCCAAAUAUUGUGAUGUGAAAAAAAUAUAAUUCACAAUUUUUUUAUGAAUAGUUUUAUAUUCUGAAAAAUACUCUGAUAUAGUUGAAAUUGGUAGGUAAAUUAAAAUGUCAUAAAAAAUUAUAGUUUUUCUGUAUUCUUAGUUAUUUAUUUCUUGUCGAAGCGAUAUACGUGUAAUCUUUAAGGCUUUUUGUUUUACCUCGAAUGUAUAGAAACAAUGUACAGUAAGAUUACGUCGGAUAUUUUCUGUGUAAGAAUGAGGUACUGAUUUAUUAAUGUAAUGCAUUAAAAAUGUUUAGUAGAUUGUAAUAUGAUUUCUACUUACAUGUAUUUAUAUUCACAAUAUUGGUAACUUUAUAAUUUGCAUAAUCUGGUGCCUAGUUAUAUUAUUCUCAGAAAGAAUAACUCAUACACUAUUUAUUUAUAUUAUGCCUAGAUUUUUUUUUAUGAAAUAUCUUGUAAAUUUCCUUUAUUUCGUGUAAUCUAAAAUAAGAAAAAGAAAAACAAGAAAAUGUGACAUUUUUAAUAUGAAUUGAAUUCUAUAUGAUCUUUACUACAUAUUUGUAAUCUGACUACAUAUACCGCUGUUUGCUCUGUUUUAUGUUAACCUUAGAUGCGCUAUUUUAUUUUGCGCACGCACUAUAGUUCUAAAACAAUGUAUACAAUAAUUAUUUUUUACAAUAUCCACAAGAUAAAGCCACAAAUAAUAAAAAGACAAUGGCUUAAAAUUAUUGAAAAGUAAAAUGUCAAAUUAAAAUUGUUGCACAGUGAGUGCGAUGUCUCAUUUAGUUGGAACUGAUUAUGUUCAUAUUUCACUGUGCUGUACAAUGAAUUUUGGACACAUGUACUUUGUAAGUAGGUACGGAGGCCGCUGGACGCGUCUACAGCGCAUUUUACAAUAUAACGCAGCUUUUAAAUACGCAUAUCCUUAACAAGUGAGAAUUCUAUUAAAUGGUGAUUAUGAAUACGAA